AUGAAAAUCCAAGUAGAGAGGUUUUGUAGGAGCUUGUUAUCCCUCCCUCCGUUUCUGUUACCACCAGUGGAUAUGAUUUCAUGCAUCGAGGGUCCUUGGGCUAGUCAGUUUGCCAGAACGUUUUUGUUUCCGAUCAUUAUGUUUGUUAAUGCUCAAGUUAAUUCACGAUUUAAAGCUCAACUACUACAGGAGCGCCUCGUUAGCAUUGAAAAAUAUAACAAAAGGAUACAGAAACGCCCUGAUUACUGUGUUAGGGAACCUAAGCUACAGGAAGCGAAAGGUAAUUCCGAGGCAGCGAGGAAUGACCCAAAAGCAGGGGAAGACAUCCUUGAGGCAGUCAAAGCGGAUGCUCUCUGGGUGGGCGAGGUGAAAUUGGGCCACCUAGGAACAUUCUACGCCCAGAGGCAUUGUCGUCAUGUGAGAAUCCUGAAGAAAAUACUCGCAUCUAUGUGCUUGUAUCAGAUAAGAAUUGCAUUCCUAAUUUCGCCCAAUGUGAUUGAGAAGAUUGAAUACAAUAGUAUAGAAUAUAUGUAG